GAUGGGGUUGGGAUAGCAACAAAGAGUCUUUAAUAAUCCAGCGCAGUCUUUUCCCUUUCCCCAAGUCUCAAUGCCCCUCCCCAGUCUCGCUGCAGGGGAGGGGGGAGGGAAGGGAAAGACUGGGCCGGCGGGGGUAGGAGGAGUGGUACGGAGAGAAGGAGGGGAAGGAGGGGGAAACGACGCUCUCCCACCAGCUCUUGCCCCCUCCCCCCAUCUCCCCAGCCGCCUCUCGGCGCUAGCCCUCCUCCCCCGGGUUGGGCUGGCGCGUGCGUGCUCCCUCGCCUCGCGCCCCGCCCCCUCCUCGGGCUCCUCGCGGCGGCGAUCCUGAUCCUCCUCCUCCUCCUCCUGCUGCUGCCGGUUGCACACGGCCUCGGUGGCGGCGGGCGCGACAGUGGGAGCGGGAGUUGCGCGUGAGCUUGCCUUGUUUGCCUGCAGCGGUGUCCUCUUCAGACCGGCUUCCCCGGCGGCGGCGCUAGGCCAGCGGGCUCGAGGGUCCCCCGCGCCGAGGCAGAGAAGGAGGAGGAGAAGGAAGAGGAGUCCCCGAGGAGGAGGAGGAGGAGGAGAAAGAAAGAGGAGAAGGGAGGCGGCGGUCGCCGCCGGGGGGACCGGCGCCCCCCUGUCCGCUUCUUCGCCCUCCCCCUUUCCUAGUCCCUCUCUUUCUCUUGCACUCACUCACACACACAUACACGCGCGCACAUUCACUCAGACACACGCGCACUCACACUCACUUGCAUUCCCGACCGGCCGGCAGGCGGGCGCCUCGGCUUUGUGCACGGAGCGAGGAUGGUGUAGCUUCCCCCGCAGCAGCGCCAGAGCCCCGCCGACCCGGACGCUGCUGGUCUCUUCUCACGAGCCCGGCUCCCGCCCCACCCCGCUCAGUCCUCGCCCUCCCUCCUCCUCCGGCCGGGGAAGCCUCCGCACCGCCCGGCACCAUGAGUGAACAGAGUAUCUGCCAAGCAAGAGCUGCAGUGAUGGUUUAUGAUGAUGCCAAUAAGAAAUGGGUGCCGGCUGGUGGCUCAGCUGGGUUCAGCAGAGUUCAUAUAUAUCACCAUUCGGGUAAUAACACUUUUCGAGUUGUGGGAAGAAAAAUUCAGGACCAUCAGGUUGUGAUAAAUUGUGCCAUUCCUAAAGGAUUGAAGUACAAUCAAGCUACACAGACCUUCCACCAAUGGCGAGAUGCUAGACAGGUGUAUGGUCUCAAUUUUGGCAGUAAAGAGGAUGCCAACGUCUUCGCAAGUGCCAUGAUGCAUGCCUUAGAAGUGUUAAAUUCACAGGAAGCAGGUCCUACAUUGCCUAGACAAAAUUCACAACUGCCUUCCCAAGUGCAGAAUGGUCCAUCACAAGAAGAAUUGGAAAUUCAAAGAAGGCAACUGCAAGAACAGCAGAGACAGAAGGAAAUGGAACGGGAGAGGCUGGAGCGUGAAAGAAUGGAGCGAGAGAGAUUGGAGAGAGAGAGGUUAGAAAGGGAAAGACUGGAAAGGGAGAGAAUGGAGCAAGAACAGCUUGAAAGAGAACGCCAAGAACGCCUCGAACGAGAAAGGCAAGAUCGGGAGAGGCUUGAGCGAGAAAGACAAGAAAGAGAGCGACAAGAACAGUUAGAAAGGGAACAGUUGGAAUGGGAAAGAGAGAGACGAAUAUCAAAUGCUGCUCCAUCUUUCGACAACUCCCUGUAUAGUGCUCCACUUCCUGAAUAUUCCAGUUGCCAGCCUCCUUCAGCACCUCCUCCAUCAUAUGCUAAAGUCAUCUCUGCUCCAGUGUCAGAUGCCACUCCUGAUUAUGCUGUAGUGACCUCUGUACCACCUACUUCCACACCCCCUACACCACCACUACGACACUCAGCGACACGUUUUGCAACUUCUUUAGGUUCAGCCUUCCACCCUGUUCUGCCCCAUUAUGCUACAGUUCCUCGUCCUCUGAACAAAAACUCUCGACCUUCUUCUCCUGUGAAUGCACCCCCUUCUCAGCCUCCAGCUACGAAGCCUUUUGCCUGGUCUGCUUCAAACUUUGCACCCCUCCCUCCAUCGCCUCCAGUUAUGAUUAGCAGCCCUCCAGGCAAAGCCACUGGUCCAAGACCUGUUCUCCCUGUUUGUGUUUCUAAUCCGUUGCCCCAAAUGCCUCCGUCACCUACAGCACCCAAUGGGCUUCCUGAUUCUGUAACAUAUCCAGCACCUUCACCGUCUACCUCAGGUCCAGCAGCUCCACCUCCGCCACCACCACCUCCAGCACCUCCACUGCCUUCCCUUCCGUCACUGUCCCACUCUGGACCUCAAGCUUCUCCUCCUCCAAGCACCCCUAUUGCCUCAACUCCCUCAUCCAAGCCUAGUGUUCUCCCUUCUCCCUCUGCAGCUGCCCCUGCCUCUGUUGAGACUUCUCUAAACUCUGUGCUGGGAGACUCCUCUGCUUCUGAGCCAACCUUGCAGGCAGCCUCUCAGCCGAUUGAAACUCCGACCCAGCAGGGUAUCGUCUUGGGACCACCUGCACCUCCUCCCCCUCCACCACUUCCACCUGGUCCAACCCAGACUUCAGUAACACUCCCACCUCCCCCAGGUCCACCCCCUGCACCCCCGCUUCCAUCCUCUGGGCCACCUCCACCACCCCCUCCACCACCCCUUCCCAAUCAGGCACCCCUUCCUGUUCCUCUACCUCCUCCUGCUCCUCCACUCCCCCCUUCUGGAUUUUCGGUGGCAUAUGUAUCAGAAGACAAUCGCCCAUUAACUGGACUUGCAGCUGCAAUUGCUGGAGCCAAACUUAGGAAAGUUUCACGGAUUGAGGACUCCUCUAGUCCAAGUGGAGGAAGUGCCAUUGGAGUGAACUCAACUUCAGCUAAGACAGACACAGGUCGUGGAAAUGGACCACUUCCUUUAGGUGGGAGUGGCUUGAUGGAGGAAAUGAGUGCCCUGCUGGCCAGGAGAAGAAGAAUCGCUGAAAAGGGAUCAACUAUAGAAACAGAACCAAAAGAGGAUAAAACUGAAGAUGCAGAACCAUCAGCUUCUAAGACCUCUUCAAGCACACCCGAACCAACAAGAAAACCUUGGGAAAGAACUAAUACAAUGAAUGGCAGCAAGUCACCUGUUAUCUCCAGACGGGAUUCUCCAAGGAAAAAUCAGAUUGUUUUUGACAACAGGUCCCAUGAUUCAUUACACAGACCAAAAUCUACACCGUCUGCGCAACCCAGUGCCAAUGGAGUGCAGUCAGAAGGGCUAGACUAUGACAGGUUGAAGCAGGAUAUUUUAGAUGAAAUGAGAAAAGAAUUGACAAAACUAAAAGAAGAGCUCAUUGAUGCAAUCAGACAGGAACUCAGCAAAUCAAAUACUACAUAAAAUUAAAAGAACAAAAACAAAAAAAAACAAACAAAAAAACUAAGGAGAUAAGACUUUGACCAGACAACAUAAAGUAACUACAUUUUGCGGGCUGUUAGAAGAAAAUGGAAACAAAUACUUGGAAUGAGGGGAAAAUCAACAUUUUAUGAAAGCUGUCACACAUCUAUGAUGACCUGUUAUUUCCCUCCCAGUUUGCUGCUUUUUUCUGACCUUUACAACAGGAUGGAAAAGAGUCUAUGAAUUACUGUAAUGAUUAUGCAGAAAAUCCUAUACCUGUCAGGCAAGAUCACAGUGCAUUGAAAUAUUUUCAUGUCAAGAUAAAGUUGCACAUUUUUCAGAAUUCAUUAUUAAAACAAAGAGGAGAAAUGUUCCAGAAGGCUUUUCAGAGAGGUUUUCAGUGUUAAUGAAGGAAUUAGCAAGUUAUUUUGUUGUACUGCAAAUGUUUCUCAGGUUUUGUCUUCCUAUUACAUUUGAUAUUCCAUGAAUUAUUACAUGUAUGGGUUCAGAUCAUAAAACAGAACAAAUGGAAAUGUACGUGCUUAUGAAAAGUGGUUAUUUGCAAGAAAGUGACCUAAACAUGAUUCGUCCCGUUUGGGGAAUUCUAGGAUGAUAGGGAAGCCUCUCUAGUUAGCCUUCAUGCAAUUUUGUAGAUUAAAAACAUAAAGUACAGUCCAAAUUUUUAAAAAUGUAGAUGCCUUCCUAAAUUGUUACAAUGCUUUACCAAAUCUACAUGAUACAAUCAGUGGUCAAAUGUUAAAAAUAGUAUGUUAGAGAUUUACUGUAGGUUUCCAGGCUUUUUUUUAGAUUUAUGCAUGUGGACAUAUAACAAUCACCACAAAAUUUGUAUUUUGUUUUUUAUUACAGAAAGCAAUACACAUCACAAGCAUUUAGUAGCCUUUCCAGGCCCAGCCCCAAAGGGGAAAAAUUUAUUGGUGGGAGGAAAGAGGGGGGAAUUAUUUUUCAUUUAAAAUUAUUUUUCUUCAAUAUAGUUUUCUCAGACAUUUUGUGCAUGAAUAAUAAUGAGGAAUAUUUUGUGACUUCAAUCAGUAAUCAUGUUAAUAGAACCAGGUACUUAAUCUUUCUUUAUAGUUACUUGUAUUUUAGGUAACUUUAUGAGUCUGGGUUUCACAUCAUUUAUCUAUCCCUGUGGAACUCAAAAAGUUUGAUCACUGAAUUUGAGAAUCAUUUACAGCCAUGUCCCUGCAGUAAUACAGAAUACAAAUGCCCAGGGUAUCUAUUCCUGGCCCUCUCUUUGAGGUUACUUUUGAAAUUUGCUUUGAUAAAUUAACAAAGAAAAGAAAUAUGAAACUAUUAGGUUCACAAAAAUAAUGGAAAAAAGAGAAGGUAAUAAAGUACUCUGCAUCAUUUUCUUUAGUGAAUGAAGUGAGAUUUUGAUGGUGGAAAGAAGAAAUAAUUAUUCUGCUUACCACUGUGUGUGUGUGUGUGUGUGUGUGUGUGUAAAAUCCACCUUCUCUUUCUUACCUGUUUUAUUUGAAGCUGGUAAGAUUAAAUGGGAAAAAGAUUCCUGUGAGUUGCUAUCAGUAAAGCUCUUAGGACUGUCUAGUAAGUCAAAAAUGUUCACCUCAAUGUCUUGAUUUUAUGCUAAGUAAUUUUAGUGCCAUUUUUGCUUUGAAGUCUAUAGGAAUCAGAAAUCAUACCAGAAUUUUGAAAAAUCCUCACAUUUUAAUUUGCCUUUUAGAUUCUUUGGGUCUCAGUUUAUAGGACAGAAAGCUUUUAAAUAGAAUAUUCUCCUGGUUACCAAAGCAAAUCCACAGCACUUACCACUUCACAGAAAGUUGAUAAAGGAAGUCCGUCCCCCCAGCCCCUUUUAAAUGUUUCUUGUUUCUGUAGAGACUCCAUUUUAAAGACUAGACUGUGAUGGAACUUAUGAUAGUAUGCAAUUCUUCUUUCCAGUGACUGUUCAUUGUUCUGCAUGUGAUAGUGAAGGCAUUAAAGGUAAAAAGCAAGCUUUUAAAGUACUGUUCUCUAAAAAGUAAUAGGAGGCAUUUUCAUCUUUGCUCACAUAAUUUUUUUUAAGCACACAUUUUUGUCAUUAAGAUUGUUUACACUCCCUACCAACCUGGUUAGAAAUCAUGUUUGAUUUUGUUAGAAAAGUUCAAUAGCCUGGUGGAAUGGUAUAUUGGGUACAAGUGGUCCAAAAGACUAAAAUACUGAAUCCUGAAAGAAACUGGUUUAUGCACUAAACGUUUUGUGCCUUGGUCAAAAAUUAACAUGAUUUCUGUAUUAAAGGGAAAAAAAUGACCCACACCAAUGUUUAUUCAUGCUACUUUUCAUCUAUAUUUUCUGUUAUCCCAGAUUGCUGAAUUUGUUCUUUACAAGAAAAUUGAUUGAAUUAAGGUUUACUGUAAACAUUUGCUGUCAUACUGACAGUUAUGUCCUUGCCAGAGAUUUCAGUAAAGUAAGAAAUAGAAGCUAAGGUUACUUUCCUUAUUGUUAAAAAUUAUGUCCUUAAAAUCAGAAUAUUACAGUUUUUGUGCUUUUGUAAAUUGGAUAUCUUAGGCUGAGUACAGUUUAGGGGAUCCUUUCUAAUUCCAGGAAAGUACUGCUUUCCUCAACACUGUGAUCUGAUCUGUGACAAAUCUGUACUAUACACUCUGUAAAUGGCUAACAAGUCAAUCGCAAACAAAAUGAAUGUACAAAUCUUAGUGCUGGUGCUGAAAUCUCUUCAGAAGAGUCAUCAUGAUUUAAAAGUUUGUUGUUUAAAAAAAUUUUUUCCCGCAUCAAGUGUCAAUCAAAACUGAAGAUGAAACACUAAUGAAUGUUGAAUUUUCAUGCUUUAGGUGUACCUCCUUUUUAGAUUUUAUUUUUCAGUUUGUUCUCUGCUAUUUUUACCAUACUGUGUCAUUUAAAUUUCCUACAUGCUAACUUUUCAUUUGUGCGAUUAAAAUAAAAUUGCAAUAUAUA